CCAACUUGAUAAAUUUAUAAAAAGGUAACAUUGUGGUUAGGAUUUUGAUAAGACGGCUGGAAGCAAUGGCAAAAAGUCGGAAGAAACACCGUAAACCACCAGCGCGUGGACGGCGGAAACAACCUGAACCUGCAACCCUAACAUCAUCGGUAGUAAUAUCAGUGCCGGAUGAUUUUCCGUUCGAUUUGGUGGAAGAAAUCCUUUGUAGAGUUUCCGUGAAACAACUCAUUCAACUCCGUUGCGUCUGUAAGUCAUGGAAUUCUCUUAUCUCUCAAAAUUCUAAUUUCGCCAACAAACACCUCCGACUGUCAACCUCAAACCAAUCCCGCCACCAUCUCUUCCUAAAAUGUUGUCAGUUUGUUAAUUUUCAGUCACCAGUCUCCACUUUCUUCACCUCCACAGACCCUACAAUGUCCAGGUACUCUCUAAGACAGAUUCUUAAAAAAGGAGAAUCUGAUCGGGAUGGUGGAGGAUAUGUCUCCACUUGUGACGGCAUCCUAUGUUAUAAGAUUGAUACUUGUUCAGCUAUUUUGUUUAACCCUUCUAUUAGAAAAUUCAUACUAUUGCCUCCUUUGAAACACAAAAUAAAUGCCUUUUAUACAUUAGUGUAUGAUCGUUUCAUUAAUAAUUAUAAAGUUAUUGUUCUUUAUCACAAUGAAGUCUACGUUCUUACUUUGGGUACAAAUUAUUGGACAAGGAUUCAAGACUUUCCAACUCAUGACCAGUUAUUGGCUUCAUCCACGGGAAUAUUUGUCAAUGACUCUGUUAAUUGGUUGACAUCACACUUCAUUGUUUCUCUUCAUUUGAAGAAAGAGUCAUAUCAAAACCUUUCAUUACCAGUCUCAUUACCCGUCUCUAAUGUUGGAUUCAGAUCUUCUUGUUUUGAUACCUUAGGGACGUGGAAGGGUUGUUUGUCCCUUCUUAUUCCCAUGAGGGACACUUUUUCUGAUUUUUGGAUUAUGAAAGAAUUUGGUAAAGAAAACUCUUGGACUAAAUUGUUAAGUAUUCCUUACAUGCAAGAAUGGGGUUUUUUUCGCUAUACCAAGAUGUUAUAUAUUUCAGAGGAUGACCAAGUGUUGUUGGAGAUUUUCAUGUGUAGGAAAUUUAAAUAUAUGUUGGUUGUUUAUGAUUCCAUAAACAAUACUUUUAAUUUUCCUGAAUUUCAAAACAAGAUUCAUCCUAUUACUAUGCCUGAAGUCUACGUAGAGAGUUUGAUAUCACCUUUUUAGAUGUUGUGCUACGUGACCUCAUUUAGAGCUCAACUGAUUUUCAUGUUUUCUUAAUUUUAUUUUAUGCUUAGGCUGAUUGAUUAGUAGUGACUUUACUUUUGAUUAAUUUAUGGUGUAUGGAAUAUGCCAUUUGAAAAAUUAGUAUGUUAUUUUUCAUUUAUUUGUUAGUUAGACCGGUUGGUUUUGUCACUGCUCAUUACAUUUUAUACAGUAAACAAUCAUCAAAUCUUCCACCAUAGAUUAUAAAUUUCUGGUAAUCUUUAUUCUAUUAUUCACAAUGUUUAGUUUUCUUGUGUCAACCUAAAUGUUGAAAAAAAAAAACAGAAUAACAAUAAUAAUUAAUCCAUUCAGUACUGUUUUAUAUAAUUCAACAAAUAGAUUAGGUCAUCAUAGUUACAAAAUUACAUAAAAUUCCACUUUAGUGUAGCUAAUUUAAUUAACAACAAACAAGUAUAAUAAAGAAACCAACACUGUAAAGCUAAGCUCAAGUCAUUGGAAAUCAUUUUACAGCUUUGGUGAUAAAGUGAAAAGAUUUUCAGGUUUAGUGAGGACAAAAAUUUGGAAAUUUGAAAAGUGGUUCAUUCUUUGAAAGUUAUCUGACUUUGGUUUCUUUGUUGUACAAAGGGAUAGGAAAAAAUGUUUUGGUGGCUGUCAUGAUCGAUUGUGGUGGUUGUGAUGUAGUUUAAUGUCGGUAAGCAAUUCUCAUUUUUCAAUAAGAUCAUUAUUAUUAUGUGUUACGAUUAUAGCUUCAUAGGUAUUGAUUAUGAUUAGAGGGGAACCUUAUGCAAAGGACUAAAGAGAGGAUUAGGGACGCUAUUUACAGGAUUGUUGGCAUUUCUUAUUGAGUAUCUUGCACCUGGUCUUAUUUUUCGAGCUGCAGUUUAUCAAUAAUACAGUUGUAAAGAAAAGUAUCUAUUUAUUGAGGUUUUUAGUCUGAUCAAUUGUAACAAUUGGCUGGAGAUUCAUUGUUUCACUGUUGGUUUUGUAGGAGAUUCAUUCCUUUUAUAAGCAAGAAUUACGACUAUGGUGUUAUGAUAUCUCUUUUGACAUUUAAUUUGAUGACUGUGUCAAGUUACUGCAUUGAUAAUGUCUUGAUCAUGGCAAAAGACCAUAUCUCUACCAUAUGCAUUCAUUGGUGUUGGCCUUUGUCUUGUGAUGAGCCUAUUUGUAAAUCCACCACCGUAUCAAAGCUUGAUACCUCUAAUGAAGGUAAAAUAUAAAACUGCUGGAGAAUAUUGCUACUUAGUAAAGAUGAAAAUAGAUACUACGGUUCUAUUGUUUCGGUCUAUAUAAUUGAUGGUGCAGUUACUAUUUAGAAUAUUUUAUGAUCCCGAAAAACAAGCAGGUGAAGAUGAUUCAUUUGAGGAUCCUAUUUACAAGUUCUACGGGAUAGUUUUAGACUCUAAAGCUAAGGAUGAAAUACUUGUAAGUUAGUAUAAAUUGGUGUUUUGUGACAGAAGAUCUUAUAAUAGUGUAGAAUUGAACAUGGAUUCCAUGGCAGCAAAUACUUAAGAAGCUGCCACAGGAUUCCAUGGCAGCAAUAUGCAACAGUGGGAGCUUCUCUUCGUCAUUUUAGUUACACUGUUGUAGCCUCUACAUGGAUGUCUUCACUCUCAAAUUCAGGUGCUGGUCUGUCCUUAUUAGCUGGAGGUGUAUUUGGAUGGACAUUUGGGCACGAAAUUGUAAAUCCUUCCCUUCAACUUUAUAGUAUGGACACAUUGGCUUCUGAGGCUAAGUUUCUGGAGUGGUGGAAAAGGAAGACUGAAGGGUAUUGAAGUUGAAGCUGCUGGUAUCUGAAAGUUAAUUAUGCAUUUGUUAUUAAUGUUUUCGGUGUUGCCAGUGCAAUUUUAUUAGCUGAAUAAAUAUUUUGCUUUGACAUAAAUUGAAAUUUAUAAAUAAUCACGAAUAAUUGCAAAUCAAAUUGUGACUGCCAUUUUUUCUCUGGUGGCAUGAUGUUCUGUAUUGUUCUAAAAAUAAUUUUGUAACUAAUAAUGUGAAGUUCUGUUAUUGAUGGCUUGUAUGAUGAGACACUUGCAUUUGGAAAAAUUUCUCGAUUUUGAUUUUUUUUUUUUUUUUUUUUAUGUUUUGUUUUUAUGAAAAUAAUAAUGUAAAUAAAAGUAUGAAUGGUACUUGGCAAAGAAUUUUAAUGACACAGAAGACAUAUACUAAUGAACAUGGAAAAUUUUUUGUGAAAUUAUUUAUGUUAUCUUUAAACCAUAUAAAUUAAGAUAAAAGAUAGGAAAGUAGAUAAUGUAAAAGUGAGAUAAUAGCAUAUAAAUUAAGAUAAAAGAUAGGAAAGUAGAUAAUGUAAAAGUGAGAUAAUAGCAUAGAUACUGGGGACAAGUGGAGCUGAAUGGUAAUGCAUUGUUGGAAGACUUUACUCGGGUAGAGUGUAAGAAGCUGAUUGUUAAUAACUCUGCAAGGCCAAAAACUACCUUCGCGCUUUGGAUGAUUCUAAGAGGUAGGUUGUCUAAAGAAUAGGUUAUGUAGAUUUGGUAUCAUUACUAAACUACCUUCGCGUUUUGGAUGACUCUAAAAGGUAGGUUGCCUACAAAAGAUAGGUUAUGUACAUUUGGUAUCAUUACUGAUAAUAGGUGUGUGUAAUGCAACAAAAAAAAAUUGAUAAUAGGUGUGUGUAAUGCAACAAAAAAAAUUUGAAAGGAUGUGUUGACUUAGCUUAAUAUAAGUAGGAAUCCAAUGAGAUGGAAGGAAGAAAGCAUUUGGCUCAUCAUUGAAACAAAGAAAUAAAAAUGGAAAAGAAUGGAAAA